GUGGCCGAGUGUCGAGGGAGGCUCGGUUGGUGUGGGUGGCUGAAAAAAGCAGAUGUGUGCGCGCGCGCUCCUUCCUCUCUUCUGUUUUUUGCGUUGCACGAGCGAUCCUCGCUCGUUUCCUGGCUGCCACGCCGGCUGGCAGACCACUGCACGUGGUGUCUAACGCUAUAUGACAGAGAGAAAGAGAGAGGGUGAAUAUAGGAGAGAAGGUCAUACUGUGCAACGAAAAAGGGUGAAUAAAAAGUGCUCGUUAAAUAUCCUUUCUUCAUCGGCAAACUACUACGGUGACUGCAUAUAUAAAUACUAAUGACGAGAGAUUUGUAAAAAGUUUAGUAAGUAAACGCAUCGAUAGUUCGAUAUGUGUAUAGUAGGUUAGGUUAACCUUAUCAGAGAAAGAAAGAAAUAAUUGUUCUAACGAAAAGGACUCGAAGCUUUCGCUCGGAGAGGAAGAAAGCGUCGUUGGUCGAGAGUUUCCCCCACUCCGGUGUACCGUCCCCCUCUACUCGUAGCAUCGUUCGCGGUGCGUUCGCUUAGGUUCUGCUUUUGCUUCGAAGACUUCAGACUCGACACUCGGUUCGUUCGGGCAGUGUCGUUCGAUGAGUUAGUUAGCGAAGAAAUAAGGGCCCUACGCGUUUGCGACCUCGGCCGAUCGGUUAAUUCGUCUCCUCCCAAGUGUUACUUAUUCUUACGUCUGCUUCUUUACCUCCUCGUUCUUCGAAUCAUCUUGAACAACGUUGCAACGGACGAAUCCCUUCAAGGACGACCAAGGACUUCUUUACGAAUCUUUCGAAACCAGAGCGAUGUUCCUUGCGAUAUUUCGGAGACGUGUACUCGGUAGGUACGAGGAUUCAAAAAGAUCGCCGAUUGGAUAAAGCCGGAAAGUGAGUCAAAAGCAACGACGCCAUCUUUAUCUAUAAGGAAAAAUAAUCGUAAAAGAAAACGCCGAUCGGCCUGACAGAAAAUUAAUUACUAAAGGUGCAUCCGAUUUAGUGUACCGUAUAAUCCUGAUUACAAAUAUAAUAGAAAAAAAAUUAGAAAAAAAUAUAGAAGGAGAGAAAGAGAGAGAAAGCGAAAGGAAGAGAAGUUGCAGGAUGUCUUUCGGUGCUAAUCGAUUUCCUUCGAGCCAACACACGCGUUAUCGCAGCAGCUGGGGACCGUCUUCCGUUUCCGUGUUCGAUCGUGCAGACGUACCUAGGCCAUCUCCCGAAGAAGAAGAGUACGCCGAAUUCUAUCACGAACGAUUGCACUCGGCUCAGAGUAGGCAACUGAUCCCUCUUCAGGAAGAUCUAGCCGACUGGAUCAAUAAAACUAUAAACGUCGAUUAUAUAACGGGUGACAAUUUUUUCGACACGUUGGAUAAUGGCGUGGUUGUUUGCCGAUUGGCUAAAGUCAUACAGGAAAAAGCCAGAUCGGCUAUCGACGCUGGCAAAGCGAAAGGGCCAAUACCGGUGAUCAGAGGACGUUGUUGGGAAAAUGCAGCGAGACGUAGCUUCUUCUCGCGCGACAAUAUGGAAAAUUUUAUACAAUUUUGUCGUCGAUUAGGGGUACACGAAAAUCUUCUAUUCGAAAGUGACGAUCUUGUCUUACAUGGUCAGCCUCGAAACGUAGUACUCUGUUUAUUGGAAGUUGCAAGAUUGGCAGCAAGGUAUUCCUUGGAACCACCUGGUCUCGUCCAAUUGGAAAGAGAAAUCGCUGAACAAGAACAAGAUCUGCGUUGUCUUUCGGACAGUGGAAUUUCUCAUAGCAGUCUCGUUUCCUGGCAAUUCGCUCCUUCGAAAAUGUCAACGCUCCGACCGCAAACGGAAAAGAUUAAACACAGUAGUUCAACGUCUGAAGUGGCAGAGAUGACGACUGGUUGGUUGGACCCGACAACGGGUAAUAAUCACGAGCCUGAAAUGAGACGAUCGAUUAGCGAUAAUGGGCCAGCCGGUAGCGAUGGAAUAAACAGCGAUACCACGGAAGAUGAUUGGUCGCGUGGUAGCGUUGAUGAUCCCGAUGACGUUACUUCGCCAUUACCUUCGUUAACUAGUUCACCAUCUCCAACCCAAUCACCUGCGGAUCCUCCGGAAUAUACCGGACCUAUCACUGAACUCGAUCGCAAGGUGCGAAGAGUUACGGAAGCUGUACAGAGGCUUUGCCAAUGUCCGUCUGGUAAAUGUUCAAGAUUGAAAGUACGAAAAGUUGGAGAAGGCCGAUAUCAUAUAGCAGGACGCAACGUAUUCAUUAGGCUUCUGAAAGGAAGACACAUGAUGGUGAGAGUGGGCGGUGGGUGGGACACCUUGGAGCACUUCUUGGCGAGGCAUGACCCCUGUCAGGUGAGGGCUCUCAACCAAGAUGGUACACCACCCCCUACCCCAUCGUCUAUUUCAAAAGGCAGAAAGCACCGCGACAAUGACUUCCUACGCAUUCACGCCAAGUAUCGUGGCAUUUCCUUGGAACCCGUCCCCAUAUCUGUCUCCGGGCGCUAGCCUAAAAGCCAACAUCAACGGCAACACCAACGCCAACAGCAAGCACGGCAUCAUCGCUCGCACCUCUCGACCAUCCUGCAUAUCACGUAAUAAGGGCUACACAGUACUAAUUUAAAGUAGUAGUCAACUAUGUCAUCUUUCAAAGCUACUACACUUGUCAGUUUUCUCUCUCUCUCUCUCUCUCUCUCUCUCUCUCUCUCUCUCUCUCUAUCUCUAUCUUUCUGUCUCUUUAUUUUUUGUUUACACAAACCCACGCGUAAGUACACCCUGUGCAUUUUUCUAUUUCACUUCACUUUCACGUCAAAUUGCAGAAGUGUGUUUAUUAUGCGUGCUGUGUGUGCUAAUUCACUGAUUACGAUUUUAUUGAUAACGCGGGAAGAAAAACAAGUGAUGUAAUAGUUCGUCGCCUCGUGUCGCUUUUGUUCACGUCAUUCUCUGAGAAAGAAUGACGUCGGGGAAUACGUUAGUACUUUGUAUACUACUAACGUAUUUCAUUUUCUAAGUAUUUCCAUUCACUAUAGAAAAUACAAUGGUUGUCCGUGAAAUUCGUACGUUCCUACUAUAUCUCUUUUUAGGUGUUAGUUCGCGACGCCUGACUUUAUCAUAACAUGGAGAACAUUAUUAAUAUGUUAAGGUAUGUUUAAACAGUAUUUAGUUUAAAGUCAAGAUAUUUAUAUAAAUAUGAUUAGAUGUUAUAGGGAAAACAUCGUUUCUGCAAUCAGUUGUCAAAGCUUAUGAAAUCGGCCUAUAAAAGUGCGAGUUAUUGUUAGAAAUCGAGUCAGCAGUUUAGAAAAUAAAACAAACGACAUGUGUAUUUCUUAAUGAUAUUAACAAUGAAUGAAUUUCUUUUUUAACUCUAUCCAAAAACACAAUAGGUUUUUCUGAAUGCAACGUUGAAACUUAUCUUUCGUUCAUUUCACGUUUAUAAACGUUCUCAGCUUUUAGAUUAGGGUUUCGUAAACUUGAAAGAAAAUUAACAAAAAAAAGAAAAAAUUAACAAAAAAAAAAAAA